ACUUGGUAAGUUCGAGAUUCCCAGGAGAGACUAUGAUUUGUGGACGACCUUUGAGCGAAGCUAGACCAAACUUUAGAGUGUCCGCCUAAUGACUACGUCAAAAUGAGGGUUAUAAACCAGUGUGGGGAAUUAGAAUUAUGAUCUACACUUGAUGUUUAAGGUUAGAAAAUAGAUUUAGGGUUUUCAUCACGAACUGACAUAAGUUACAAUACCGAAACUCUAUAUAACCAGAUGGAUGAGUGAAUUAUAGCCUCGCCGUCUUGUGUGGGGUAGCGACAGCCUGAUCGUUGGCAAUUGUUUUUCUGGCAUUGUCCAACCAUCAAACAUAAGUCUUCAAAAAUAAACUAGAUGUGAUAAUACCCAGAGACAAAAGAAAUUGAUGAAAAAAAAGUGGAAAGCCGUAGAUUGUUAGAACCAAAAGUGCUAACGAAUAAAAUAAACACGAGAACUCAGAAGUACCGACGAUAUACCACUUUGGAAAUAAAAACUAUACUCUAUGCGAAUACUUUAACUGAAAUAUAUUCAAUUAGAUUCAUAUUCCGAUACGGUUUUUUCAGUAGUCUUGGUACGUAAUAAACGAUGAAAACAAUUAAAUUUGCCCAGCAAAAAACACUUCUGUCCUUUUUAAAUAACGCGGGAAAUCAACAGAUUAUAAUAUUUAUGUGUUGUAGCAUCACAUUCCUUAACCAGUAGUAUUAUCAAUCCAUACGUAGUAUUGAAAUGUGAAUGCUUUAAGUCAUAUAAGUCACGCCAGAAAUUUAUUAGAGAUUUUAAAUAGAGCUCUAAGGAAGUUGUUCUUCAGUCCCUUAAACUUGAAUUCAGUUCCUAUUUUUUAAAGGCUGCUACAAUAAGUUCCUCAGCAAACGCUUUGCAUGUAGAUAGAACUCACAGAGCGAGGAACAUCAAUUUAAGGUUGAUCGUUUAGAAGCAAUUGGGCUUAAAGUUUCUAUAUUUUUACUAUGUACUAUCAAUGUACCUAAACAUUAGGUUCACCAAUCUUUAAAUCAUUUUGAGUUUUGACAGUGCAUAGUUUCUUCCUUGUGCAUAUUUUCGUUGAUAAUGCUCCCAACUAAAGUUAGUGGCUACAUAUUUGAUUCAUGUUAGUUUCUGAUUUCAACGUCUUGUCGUUGUACACCGUCAUAUGUCAAAGAAGCUUCAAGUCCGAGAAUAAUAGUCUAUUCCUCAAUCUACUUUUUUUCUGUUUUGUGGUUUUUGUCUGAUUCCUUCGUGUAAUGAAAAUCUGGACAUCUGUGGAUCAGUGUUUGUACUACAUGAAUUACCCCAUACUAAUGUACAUUAACCAUGCAAAAUGCUGGGAAAAUAGUAUGUUUACGUAACUUAUUUGAUUCAUCUAGUUGGUGACCAAACUCAGUUCAAGAACACCAGUCUUAAAGCACUGGUCGCUCGCUAAAAUUUAAUUGCCAAACAGUGAGUGUGCAACAAAAACUAGUUACUCAUGAUUUAUUUGGUUAUAACGAUAGAGUUUGACAACCAGUAUUCAUUUUUCAGGUGCAACUUUAUCUCAAACUUUAUGCAAGAAAAUUAUAUACAUGUACCACACAGCCUUUAGCCUCCUUUUACGUAGGUUAUUAUCCGAUAGUUUUGCUUUGAGUAUAAGCAUUUUCUUAACUUAAGCGGUCGAAUAAAGCUUCUGGGGGAUUUACUCAAACCACUUUACCACUUUAUUAUAACAGUAUGCAAUUAUUCUGGUACGUUCCUUAACAAUGACAUAAUUUGCCAUCCAUUAAAAAUGAAUGGGAACGAUUAAUCGUUUAAACUUACUACGAGUAGUAGCCUAAAAAAAUAAGUAUCUAAACAAGUUAGUAUAAAAGCGGAUUCGGGGCAUACUUGAGGUAGACAGCUAAAAUAAUGAUCGAUAAAAUUCUAAAUGGAUCCUUAAAUGGUUUCCAGUCAGUUCUGAGUUACUCGUCUGAACAACCAGACAUCAGUGUUAGAACUCUCUCACCGGUAUAGUAAGAAUUGAAAAAAGCACAGUCACGAUGUGGGUAUACGUGACAAGGCCUGUUAGGCUAUCUGCAAAAUACUUUGAGUAUGUUAGUUAAAAAUUUCACACUUGGCUAGCUAAAUCACUAAUUUGAUAGGUUCAUGCGUAAGCUAUUUAGACUAUCUUAUAUCCUCAAGCAUGCCAGUUCAUAUAAACAAUGAAAAUUUUGUAAUCGCCCCAUGGCAAUUGGUAUAAAAUUCCCUAAAAUCAACAGUUUUUACCUGUGUCUUUGCAAAAACGAUGAAGUGUAUCAAAUUUGGGUGUUUAAUCGACCACAUCUCAAACCUUUAUUAGAUUUAAAAAUGAAGUGUCAUCUACAGCUUUCCAAUACCAUUCAUAAAUUUGUUUGCAGGCCUAUAAACCAUAGUUAUUUUGAGCACGAGUGAUAUCCUAUUAUCUACCUCAUAGAUGAGAGAAACUACAAGUUUUGAUCAAAAGUUUGGAGUCAUCAGCGAGUUUUAGCAACCCGUAUGGUUACUGUCUCGUUGAAAAUCUGACCAAAUACAUGGGUAAUCAUCAAAUUUGUAUACAUCUUACAAUCACAUUUUGAUAUAAGAAAAGAGAUCGAAAGUGAACUGAUUUCUUGAAUACGGUCAUAUGCAAAGAUAAUCAUUAUAAUUGUAAACUUAAGCUUUCUAACGGUUAUGACAGCUUGUUAUUUUAGUAUUUGUGUUCAACGUUAAUCAACUGAAGUUUGGAAACUGUAUCAAGAUCUUCAAAUUUGAGGUGAUCAUUUUAUUGGUCUGGUGCUUCUGAAUCAAAUGGUUUGUUAAAACUACCCUUACAAUUUUGAACUAUGAAAAGCUGCUAAAUCAAGCUUUCCUUACGAAAAUACUCACCUGUUUAGGCUAAAGAGAACUAUAGUACGUUGUAGCUGACUGACUAAUUAAUACUACUAAAAUCGAUCACGAUUCGAAAAAUACUAUACAGGAUAUAUGUAUACAUAUAUUAGUAAGUGGCCGGAAGCUUUGUUCAUCAUCCUUCGUAUUAUUUAUCUUUUCAGACGGAUUUAUAAUCGUUUAUGUCGCCAUGCGACUACGCAUAAGUCAUUUGCUUUAAGUCGUGAGAGCUUACAUUUCCGAACAAUCAAGUAAAAAUGUUUCCAUGUGCAUCUUAUUCUGGUGAUGAACCAAAGAUCGAUAGUGGAUCUUUUGACAAUAAGACGUCUUGGCUUCAGAGCUCCACAUACUCAAAACAAAACCUCACUGUUCAUACGAAUGAAGCAGCAAAUACUGAAAAGGGAAGAGAAUCGAAAUCAGUUAAACGCCCAUCUUCUCCUAAAAAACAUAAAUUAGAGAAGAAUCAGAAAGUCACAUCAACUGCUGUAUUUUUGGAAGACAUUCCUGGACUAGAUAUUAAUAAUGCAUAUAGAAUUGAUCGAUCUUGUAACAGAGAAAUUUAUAAGCACGGUUGUAUUUAUGAAAAACAUGUGUCACAAUUUAAACAGAAGAGUAAAACAAGAAUAUUGGGGUUUAAAGAUCUAUAUUUGUAUGAUCUUCUGGGCUGUGAAAUAAAACGUAAACGUGGAGUCACAAAAAAAUCGCGAUAUUUUAGUAAGUCAAGCAGGGCAAUCAUUCAAAGUCCUAGUACUGUUAUCAAGUCAUCUGAUAAAAGUGGCAUGUCGACAGAUUUAAUUCGUUUUCCUGAUGAACUUAGUACUUGCGCAUCAACAACGGGAAUAAGAAACAAUGAUAUUUUAAAUCUUUGUGAAGAACUUAACCGUCGGGUCUACGAUCGACCAGGUGAUUUGAUUUCGUGGUUCAAUUUAAUUGAUAUACAAGACAAAGGAGCUUCUUUUCUACAUAUUACAAGUGCUGGUUUUGAACAGAAACAGUUAUGUUCUGACUUUAAAUUUUCUAAAAGUGACAGACUUAUUAUACUGAAGAAGCAGUUAUCAAUGGCUGAUCGAGCUCUUACGGCUAAUCCUGGUAAUUUGACAUUGAAAUUAUUCAUAAUUAAAACAAACGAACUGGUGGCUGAACUUGAAGCUCAUGGUGCCUCGAAAUCUUCAUCUAGCAAGGAAGUUUGUCAGGCAGAUCAAAUUAAUCGGGAUUGGGCUCAGCUUGUAUUCACUUAUCCCCAACUUGUACCCAUGUGGCGUGGGUAUACGGCGCAUCUUAUGGGUCGGAAUUCAUCAUUAACUACUAUAAAUCAAGGAGUUGGAAAUGGGGUAUUUUCACGCAUUGAUGGUGUUUAUAAGAGAGGUCUAUCAACAUUAUCAGGUAUAAUAUCCGGAAGAAUAUUAUCACAUAGACCACAACCAGAUACUGUAGAAAGAACAAUCGACUACUUGGCUGAUUAUUGCCAUUGGUUAGCUCAAGCAGGACAUUCAGAACGAGCUUUAGCAGUAUGGCAAGCUGUUAUUGAAUUCAAUUGUUUUCGUCCUACAGAAAUUGAACAAAGUUCAUUUGAGCAACGGAUUCUAGAAAUGGAAUUAUUUUGGUCAAGUGGUAUGCCUAGAUUUGGUCAACCUGGUUCACAACAUUGGAAUGGAUGGUUUAAAACUCGAAAUAAACGACAGGAUAAAUCGCGACUAAAAGAAUCAAAAUUAUCUAAAAGUCAUAAGAGAAAUCAAAUUAUUUCACCAAUUAUUUCCGAAAUAACUUCAGACAUGUCAGUUGAAGAACUACAUUCUAAGUGGACUAGUGUAGCUGGAAAAUUAACCGCUAUUGCUAGCACUUGUGAAGACGCAUUGAUUAGUUGUUCAGGAGAAGGUAUUCCUGAUGAAUCCUAUGAAAAUACAGGUCCAGAUGUUGUUCCAUCCAUUCUUUCGUCAGAAGUUGCAGCUGAUCAAUGGGUUCGUCGUGGGAGCAUUCCUUCACUUGCAGGCCAUGGUUCAUUUGGAAAGAGUCGAGCCAUCUUAUAUCGUCGUGGAAAAGCUUGGGUUGGUCUAGAACGUGCUCGCGAAGCAGUUGGUUGGCUACCUUCAGAUGUAUUAAACGCUCAGGAUCAAAAAGACGUAGAAGAUGAAGAUCCUGAGAGAUUAGUUUUAUUUGAUGAUAUUAAACCAUGCCUAAUAGAUUUAUGGAAAUUUGAAGAAAGAUCAACAGCUGACACUCCUCAAAGUCGAGCUCGUAGAGCAUUAUUUCAACAGCGCUUAUUCUUAUUGUGUUUAGAGUUUCUUGGAGCAUACGAUCGUGAUAUAGCUAAAUCUCAUCACUUUCCUAUGGAUAUUCGUCUUGUACAUGAUUUGGCAUCUGUAGGUAGCAUUCAACGUCAAGGUUUAACACCAUGUCCAUCACAAUCAUGGAUGUCGAGUAAUUUAGACACUACACAUAAUCGAGCUAAUAACAAUGAUAGUAACAAUAAAGGACAAUUGAAUACACCAUCACAAUUGGCUAAUGAACAUCAAGAUGUUUGGGCACAAGCCCAUCGUUGUUUUAUUGAUGCUGCGCUUACUCAAAUGAAUGAAAUUCCAUCAUGGUGGCCUACUGAACUUAAGGAAAAUUGGCGUACAACGUCGAGUAAACUACGUUUUACAUUGGCAUCUGAACGUCUUUCCAAUGCUAUUCAAACACAUCUAGUUAAUGUUAAGACUGCUAUAUCCAUUUGGCGCACUUGUGGUCGGACAAUCAUAUCCGAGGGUAAAAACCAAAAAGAUUUAAAUUUAUGGCGAUCCUACGCUAAAGGUUUCUGGCAAAUAAGUCAUGAUUUACUUGUAACGGCUACAUGUCAAGAUGCUGCGAUUCCAAUUCAAGAAUCAAGACGCAUAUUUGAUUCGGCCUUAAGCAUGUAUCCUAUACCGGAAGAUUUCGGACCAUCAAUUGAUGAUAUGGAUAAGUUGGUUGAAUUUCAUCAAACUGUAUAUACUCCUAGAUUGAAACUUCUACAGGAUUAUAUUGAUUUAGAACUGGAUGUAUGCCCUGGAUCAGGUAGUUGUCAAAAAGGAUUCAAUGAAGAAAAUCGUGUAUUAUAUUUACUAACAUAUAUCGCAAUUGGUGGUGUUUACCAUUCAUAUGAACAACAAUCUACCAGUGAAAUUUUACCGUCAAUUAUUGUGAAAACUAAUUAUCGUUUUGGUAAGCGUAUUGAAGCUAUAUGGACAACAUUGGUUGGAUUGCCAGAGGAUUUAACCACUCAAAUUAAUAAUUAUCAAGAGUUUUUAGAUGGUCUACUUGGUACUGUCCCUAUUCUAUGCUAUUUAAAUUUAAUGUUUGAUCUUUUAACAACAGAUGAAAAGGCUUUAGACUCAUCACUUGCUAGUCUACUGCCUAUUCUUGGACGAAUUGAUAGAUUAUGUAGUAAAUUUCUAUCUAUCAAUUUAGACGAAUCUUAUCCUCUUGGUUCAAAAUCAAGUAGUCGUUGGUCAGCAAAUAAUAAUUUAUCUGAUGAUACUGAUGAUUUAAUCCCGGCACCGUUACAAAAUCGUAUUUGUACUAAUAAAUUUAUUAAUUUAACAAUUGGCGGUUUAUCUGCAUUCUGUGCUCUACGUCAACGCAAUCGACGUCCACUUUUAAAUCAUUUAUUUCAAUUAAUAAUGAAACAUAAUAAAUAUCAUUCAAGUGAUAUACUAAUGGAUUUAAUGUUUCCAUCACAAUUAAGUUAUCUUCUUCCAUCAAGGAUUUCAUUAGAUCAAAGAAAAUUACCCCUAUCUCUGAUGAAUGCAUCUUCAUGUCAUGGUCUGUUGCCACCGUUAUUCUUAGCUUCUUUUAUUCAUCAAUUAAAUCAUUUAAGACAAAAUGUAGCAAAGUUAGCCUCUCAAUCUAUUAUUCAACAAUCACUGAAUAGUAUAUCACGUUCAAAUAUUCGACAAAAUCAACAACAAAAUAUUAAUUUUCUGGAAGGAUCAAUUGGUGCAGAAGUCAAUAGUUUUAUUGGUCAUCAGUUAGAACUAUGUUCUGCUUGUUUACCAAAUGUUUUAGAUUUAUUCAUUUUAAGUUUAGAAUUAGAACGAUGGACGAGUUUAAUUGCUGGUGUUACUUGUGAUUAUGGUGAUGGAAGAAAUUCCGUAAGUGAUCAACGUGUACGUAAUGCAUUUGAGAAGGCUGUGCAAAUUAGUCCAUUUCUUACAUCAUUUAUAUCUUCUGAAGGAAACUUGAUUCAUGUAGCGCUAGGUGCUAAUACACCGUCAUUCUGGUCGGCGCAUUUACGUUUAGUUAUAUGGAGAGCUUAUAUGGCAUUUGGUUGGAUGGCUGGUCCACCUCAUACUUCUAAUACAUCUACUACAACUAUUACAAAUAAUUUAGAUCCUCGUCAACGUCGUCAAGCUGUAAAAGCAGUUUUUUACCGAGCUGUUGAAGAUGUUCCAUGGGCUAAAGCUCUGUAUACAGAUCUAGUUCGUUAUUGUCCAGAAGAUGUUGAAGAAGUUGUUGAUUUAUUAUCGGAACGUGAAUUAAGAUUAAGAACACCGUUAGAAGAAGUUGAUCUGUUAUUGACUGCCAGGCCUCAUGAAUAAAUAUAUAUCUUGUAUACUAUGAUUAUUUUAAAUCGGAAACCAAUACAUGUAUAGUUUCUUUUCUUACGUCCAUAAGUUUAUAUACUAAUAAAUUAUUCAACAUUCAC